GCCUUUCCUUCUUUUCAAACUGUCCAAUGUCAGAUGCUGAGAAAUCAUUCCUCAAACACACAGAGGGCGACACGAUGUAACAGUAGAGGGUGACCAAAGUUAUGUGACAGCAAGAUGACUCUUCUGGCUGGAGACGGCUCAGACUACGACUACAGCGCGCUGAGCUGUGCCUCCGACCUCUCCUUCAACCCCCCUCCCUCAGAGGAACGGGAGGCCCCCAAGGGCCUGUUCUACAAGCGGGCGCGUCUCCUCCCGCCGGGGGAGGACGAGCGGUUCCCCUACCCCGCCGCCCGAAAGCUCCACGCCCUCAUCAACGUGGGGGGCCUUCGCUACCAGCUCCCCUGGGCCACGCUGGAGGACUUCCCCCUGACCCGGCUGGGCCGGCUGCGGUUCUGCGGCAGCUUCGACGAGAUCAUGCGCGUGUGCGACGACUACGACGUGGCGCGGAACGAGUUCUUCUUCGACCGCAGCCCCUGCGCCUUCCGCAGCAUCGUGGCCUUCCUGCGGGCGGGCGAGCUGCGCGCGCUGCGGGAGACCUGCGCCCUGUCCUUCCGCGAGGAGCUGCGCUACUGGGGCGUGGCCGAGGAGAACCUGCUGUGGUGCUGCAGGCGCAGGGUGCUGCAGAGGGCCGAGGAGUGCCGAGAGCUGGACCGAGCCGCCCAGGAGGACCAGCUGCUGGGGGGCCCCGACCGGCCCUGCGACCCGCUGGCCCCCGAGUCCCGCCUCAGCCUCUGCAUGGCCCGGCUCAGGGACAUGGUGGAGAGGCCGCAGUCCGGCCUGCCGGGGAAGAUCUUCGCCAGCCUGUCGGUGCUCUUCGUCACCAUCACCGCCAUCAACCUGUCCAUCAGCACCAUGCCCUCCAUGAGGGAGGAGGAGGAGUCGGGCAAGUGUUCUCAGAUGUGCUAUAACAUCUUUAUCGUGGAGACGGUGUGCGUGGCCUGGUUCUCGCUGGAGUUCACCCUUCGCUUCAUCCAGGACCGCAGGAAGCUGGCCUUCCUCAGGCGGCCGCUCAACCUGAUCGACGUGCUGGCCAUCCUGCCCUACUACGUCACCCUGCUGGUGGACAGCUCGGGCAGUAGCUACCUGGACAAGGUGGGUCUGGUUCUGCGGGUCCUGCGGGCGCUGCGCAUCCUGUACGUGAUGCGUCUGGCGCGUCACUCCCUGGGCCUGCAGACGCUGGGGCUGACGGCGCGGCGCUGCACGCGCGAGUUCGGCCUGCUCCUCCUCUUCCUGUGCGUGGCCACCGCCCUCUUCUCCCCGCUGCUCUACCUGGUGGAGAACGAGGCCACCGCCUCCCGCGAGUUCAGCAGCGUGCCCGCCACCUACUGGUGGGCCGUCAUCACCAUGACGACGGUGGGCUACGGCGACAUGGUGCCGCGCAGCGUGCCGGGCCAGGUGGUGGCGCUCAGCAGCAUCCUGAGCGGGAUCCUGCUCAUGGCCUUCCCCGUCACCUCCAUCUUCCACACCUUCUCGCGCUCCUACCUGGAGCUGAAGCAGGAGCAGCAGCGCGCCACGCAGCGCAGGACACGCUUCCUGCUGCGGAGCAAGGCGGCCGGCCUCAGCCAGCUCUCGCUGGAUAGCGACCGCCUCUUCCCCAGCGGCUUCUCCGAACCCCGGGACAGCGAGGAGGGGGAAGACUAGAGCCCCCGAGGAAGUCUUCUUCAGCUUCAGGGACAAUGAAGAGGGGGACUAGACACCCGGGGAAGUCUUCUUCAGCUUCAGGGACAGUGAAGAGGGGGACUAGACACCCGGGGAAGUCUUCUUCAGCUUCUGGGACAGUGAAGAGGGGGACUAGACACCCGGGGAAGUCUUCUUCAGCUUCAGGGACAGUGAAGAGGGGGACUAGACACACAGGGAAGUCUUCUUCAGCUUCAGGGACAGUGAAAAGGGGGACUAGACACCCAGGGGAGUCUUCUUCAGCUUCUUUCUGUUCAGUUUUUAUUUAUUUUAUUCAUUGAUUAAACAGGCAGGAGAACUGAGCACUCAAAUGUCAUUGGCAGUUUUGAUCUUGGGAAAUCAAAGCAGGAACGGAAUGCAAGGGAUUACGUAGACAAUCAAAUUGUAUGCUAUUUUUGUUGGGACGUGAUCACAACAUCAAGCUGAAUACUCACACUUCAUGUUAUUUUAAACCAUAAUUUCUUUCUUAAUAGUCUGAAAGCAUUAGCCACCAUAUCAGCAUAAACGCAUACUAUGAUAUAAUUGGGGAUGGCAUACACAAUUCAUUUGUCUUUAGUGUCACUCUGAAGAAGCAGUGUAUCCCAUUUCAUCACUGAGCAUAUCCGUUGUCUAGAUUAGGAAAACAGGAUAUAAUACAAGUUUGUUUAUUUGCAGUGCAGGUUAAUGAGAUAUUUUCCAUAUCAAACAUAUCAAUCAUCCCCAGGACCAAUAGUUUAACCUUUUUGUUUCUUAUGGUUAUAAAAAAAGAUUGUUAUGCAUGUGACCAAUAAAAAGACACAUUAAAAGGAAUAGCCAUUCCACAAUGGUAUACAUUGCGGUGAUUACACUUGGAAGCAUAUAUAGUUAUCCAUCUCUUUGUAUUUUUGAAUGUGAUUUCACACAGUCUUAAGAGAUUAAAUCGCUGGUGGUUUACAAGCACGUUUUGAGGUGCAGCGCACGGUGACAGAGUGUCUGAGCACUGCAGGCGGUUGUUUUCACCUCCCGUACAGCGUGUCCCUGUUACCUCCUACUCAACGCUCCGGAACCUGCCGGAAUUUUCACACCGUCAGCCACACCUGACAAUCACAGCUUGUUGACCUUCAUCUUCAGUUCUCCUCCGCACAAGAAACACAAAUGCAUCUGUUAUAACUCUGUCCAAAACCUAGUGUUACCCAAAAAACAUCUUGCAUGAUUUACUCGUAAUAAUAAUGAUAUAAUCAUUAGCACAUUUCUCAAACCCAAGGACACUGUUUUACAGAGUAGAUAAAACAGUUUUUCUAUUUACUCGUCUUAUGUGGCCAACAUUAAUAGAAUUUCCCUCACAUAACAACAUAUCACACAGAACUGUGUUCUGUCCUAUCUUUGUGUUCAUGGUUGUUUUCUUGUGGAAAAAUGACAUUCACAUUGUAGAAUCUACUUUAUAAUCUGUCACUAUAUUACUAAACGUAAGUAUGACCAGAUUUACUUCAUUGUGAUGGCUACCAAAAAAUGCAUACAGUAGGCUAAUUUUAAACAUAAAUAUAAACUGUUUUUCUUCCUGUUUCAUCUGUUACAGUGGUAGCCUAAUUACAGAUGCUGUCAUAAUAACUUUGAGUCACUUCUGUUGUAGACUUGUUUCAAAACUAAAUGGUGCAGUAUUUGUGGUCAAAUAAACUAGUGUAACUAAGUUGCAGAAACAUUUGUCAAUAUCUUUAAAAUCACUGUGUUUGUGUCAGUACAGCCAAAAAUGUAUUAGUCAUUUUAGUGAUGGAUCGCAGUAAUGUUUUCAAUUCUUAAAGUGAGGGGCUGAAAAUAGUUAAAAUAACCAUAUGCUAUAUUAUCCAUCCAUCCAUCCAUCCAUUAUCACCCGCUUAUCCGGAGUCGGGUCGAGGUGGCAGUAAGCUAAGCUGGGUAUUCCAGGCGUCCCUCUCCCCAGCAACGCAUUCCAGCUCCUCCUGGGGGAUCCCGAGGCGUUCCCAGGCCAAGAGAGAUAUAUAAUCUCUCCAGCGGGUUCUGGGUCCACCUCGGGGUCUCCGCCCAGUUGGACGAGCCCGGAAAACCUCCAAAGGGAGGCGCCCGGGAGGCAUCCUCAUCAGAUGCCCGAACCACCUCAAUUGGCUCCUUUCGAUGCGCUAUAUUAUCAUAGAGGUAUGUAUCGACUACACACUACACUCCCACCAAAUAUAUAAUGAGUUAAAUCUGUAUUGAAAAAGCCUCAUGAUUGUAUGGGUGUCAUUGGGAUUCUAUGUGACUGUACUCCAUUAAAUACUUUUUUGUAUCUUGAA